AUGUUGCGCGUGUGGCGGGCAUCGGGGCAUGAGCUGCCUCCUUAUGCCGUGGAUGGACUAUGUGAUGUCAAGGCCUUAAAGCAGGACUUGCAACUCCACUGUGGGCAGCCGCGGUUUCGGCAACGUCUCCUGCACGCUGGCGCUGUAUUGGAUGACGGCACCUCCUUGGACGCCCCGAUGCAUCUGCAGAUGGUCCUACUUCCCCUCAUCAGCGCUUCCGAUGAUCAGCGGAACGAGCUGAUUGAUGCAGUUCACGCUGAUCUUCCAUCCAGGGUUGAGGAGAUCUUGCAGCGUCCGCAGGACCCAGAUCUCACGGGCACUUCUGAGCAUUCCGGGUCGCAGGUGCCCCUUUGCAUUGCAGCUAGUCAGGGCUUCGUGGAGACGGCGCGGUUGUUGCUGGAGGCUGGGGCGAACAAGGAUCAAGAGGGCGGCCACGGUCAUCCAGAUCAGUUUCAGGAGUAUUCCACACCCCUCAUCUUGGCGAGCCUUGACUCUUCUGUGGCUGCGCUAGUUGUGGCGUCUGGGCAUGGCCACGUGGAGGUGGUGGAGAGACUCCUGGAGACCAGGGUUGACGAAGCCUUGGCAAGCCCGGCUGCCCUGGAAGCCAUAGCUUGCGCGUCGCACUACGGCUUCGGAGACGUCGUUCAUCGGCUGUUGGAGGCAGGGGUUGGCCAGAGCAUGCUUGGAAGCACCGGCGCCGCGGCCAUCGCCUGCAUCUGUGCAGCAACCCAGGGGAAGAUCGCUAUAGUGAAGUGGCUUGUUGUGUCAUGUCACUCGACGACACUGCAACUGGUUGGAAAUGUGGGAGAGCUCAUCGAGCAGAUCGCGCUGACCGAUGUGAGUCGUGCGCACGUCGAGUCCAUCACUGAGGCGGUGCGCGCCACGCUGCUCCCGGUGCUUCCCACGGCCCGCGUGGAUGGCUACGUGACUGCGAACCCGAUGGGAGGCACCGCCUUCGGCGUGGCCGUCCCAGACGUGGAGAUCGUGGUGUUGAGCAACCCCAAGGUCCUCUCGGAGCGUGCCACCAAGGAUGCGGGGAAGUUCCAGAAAGCCCUGAUUCGGACCUGCACCGACCGCCUCGUGUCCCACGGCUCCUUCAAGUUCCGACGUUCCGCGUUCCGCGGGGCAGAGCCCAAGGUCACGCUGAUCUCUCCAACCGUCGGUGGCCAGGCUGGCAUCCCCUUCAACCUUGCCGUCAACGCCGCGACACCUGCCCGCUCAAGCGCCGUCUUUGAGGCCUGCAGCCAAUUGGAGACGCGCGCUGGUGAACUGAUCUUGCUGGUCCGUCGCUGGGCAAAGGACCGUGGCAUCAGCCAUGCCGCCAAGGGCCAUCUCUCACCCUACUCCUGGAUGCUCUUGGCAGUGUACUACCUGCAGGUGGGCCUGGACGAGCAGGAGCAACUCCUCCCCGACAUGGGCUUCCUCUCCUCGGGCAAGCGCCCGGCCAAGCCGGCCACAAACUGCACGCUCAGCACGGGCGAGUUGCUGAAAGGCUUCAUGCGCUUCUACGCCAAGUUCGGCUGGGGCUCUGAGAUUGUCUCGGUGCGUCGCGGAAUGCGUUUGCCGCCCAAUGACUCUCUCCCCCGCCGCCAGCUCGACAAGGCCGGCAACCCCAGCCUGGAAGCUCCCAUCAUCGAAGACCCUUUCGAGGCUGACGUGAACCUGGGAGCCUCCAUGCACUGGCUGAGCGCCCAUCGCCUGGUCGAGGAGUUCGCCCGCAGCACGGAGCUCUGCAGCCGUGGUGCCUCCCUGGCGGAGCUCCUGGAGCCCUGGACGCCACCAGAGCAGGAGGAG